ACGCACCAAACAACUUGCGACGCCUAGUGUGGACGUCGAUGUCGGUGGUUUUAUUACUUGCGGGAGUGACAGUUCUGAUAGUGUGGGUAGUGUAUCGUCCCCACAAGCCUCGAUUCACAGUGGUGGGUGCGGCCAUCUACGACCUCAACACCACCUCUCCACCCAUCAUCUCCACCACCAUGCAGUUCACCAUCGUCACUCGCAACCCAAAUCGCCGGGUAUCCAUUUACUACGACCGUCUCUCGGCCUUCGUCUCCUACCGGAACCAGGAGAUCACGCUCCCGACCGUGUUGCCGCCGUUGUUUCACGAGCGGCACAGCACGGUAGCACUGUCACCGAUAUUGGGAGGAGGGGCAGUGCCGGUGUCGAUGGAGGUAGAGAAUGGACUGGUGAUGGACGAGGCGUAUGGGGUUGUGGGUCUGAGGUUGGUGGUGUUGGGGAGGUUGAGGUGGAAGGCUGGGCCCUUCAGGAGUGGACAUUACGGAGUUUAUGUGAAAUGCGAUAUGCUGGUGGGUCUGAAGAAGGGCUUUGUGGGUCAGGUGCCUCUGCUUGGAUCUCCCGAUUGCAUCGUUGAUAUAUGAUCUGAUGAUGAU